UCAAUAUAGGUCAUAAAAUCUCAGCAACAAGCUGUAAUAUCUUACUGAGAUAAUUUAGGACCAAAACCCUUAAAACAAGUAAAACACUCUAACAUAAAAUCUGCUUAGUGAGAAGAAUUAUCUUAUCAGAGAGAAAAUAAGCAAAUAUCACCCUUAUUUGAGAUAUUUAAUCUGACUAAGAUUUCAGUUUUUGCAGUGUAAUAUUGAAAAUAAAGCAGCAUAUUUUGAUGGGGACAUUUCCUGAGUAAAUAUUACAGUGAAGCUGUAAUAUUACCUAAUAAUACAUUUAGCGGGGGGUACUGUCACGCGCGGGUCUCAAAAGUACAGGCAGGGUGCAGGUAAGAGUUUUAUAAUCCAAUAACACGGCAAAAAUACAAGAACAGAGCGUCGCGGGGAAGCGUACGUAGCUCAAGGCAAAACCAGGCGUUGCAAAAACUAACAAGAACAUAGGUAGUAGCGUGACGCUAACAUGGUAACCAGCAGUAGCAAUGACUGAACUACAUAACUGUCGCUGGUGGCAAACAUUAAACCCACGCAGGAUGAGUGGCGAGACGGGCAUAUAAAAAGGUGUAAUUAGUGUGAGCACUCAGUGGGGGCACUAAUCAAUAACAAGAGUCUGGUGUGUGCACCUAGCAACAAGAAAAGGUAAACAAAGAGGGAAGGAGCAUUGAGACCAGAACAGAAACAAAGUGUGGUACUGAAGUGUAUUUCAAUACUUUUGGGUACUUUUUGAUACUUUUCUAAAUAAAUGGGACCACAGAAAAUUGCAUUAUUGGCUUUAUUUUAACAAAAAAUCGUAUGGUACAUUAAACAUAUGUUUUUUAUUGCAAUUUUAUCCUUAAAUAAAAUAGUGAACAUAUGAGACAACUUGUCUUGUAUUAGUAAGUAAACAAACAAAGGCUCCUAAUUUGUCUGCUGACGUACGCAGUAACAUAUUGUGUCAUUUAUCAUUCUUUUAUUUUGUCAACAUUGUAAAGGACAAGUGGUAAAAAAUGAUUAAUUAAUCUACUUGUUCAUUUACUGUUAAUAUCUGGUUAUUUUCUCUUUUAACAUGUUAUAUCUACACUUCUGUUCAAAUUUAAUAAUCACUUAUUCUUCUGUUGUUUGGAUGCUUUGCAUUAGUUUUGGAUGAUACCACACAUUUAGGUAUCAAUCGUUACAGGAUCAUACAUUGGUCAUAUUCAAAGUCCUCAUGUGUUCAGGGACACAUUUCCUGAGUUUAUAAACAUAAUAUGAAUACCAAAAAAAAACGAAAAAAGAUUUUGUGAUGCUAAAAAAUAUCGAUGUAAUCAUAGUAGUAUCGACUAGAUACGCUCCUGUACUUGGUAUCAUUACAGUGGAUGUUAGGUGUAGAUCCACCAAUGGCGUUUGUUUACAUUUUGACGCCGGUGAGCUACGGUGUGUAGUGAAGCAUGUUUAGCUUUUCCUCGUCCUGCAGGGAUGAUACUUGUAAGAAACAUACUUUAUUUGUCGCCAUGGAGGCGAGGAUUAGUGAUUUAGAAGUAGAUACAACACUGCUACUUCUAUGUAGCUAGGCAUUUCUUAAAACACCUCUUCCUGUUUCAGUGUUUUUAACGUUACCUUUAUCGUUAGUUUUUAAGCCAAAAUGCGUCCGUUCUCCCUUUUCUGUCUACACACUGUGUCUGCUUGUAAGUACUGUGAUUGUGCACUGCCGAACAUGCUCCUCUGCUCAUAAAACCAACAAUGACACGACGUGAUGACGAUAGGGCGGACCGGUACAUUUUAGUAUAGUACCCAAUAUGAUUCAUUAGUAUCGCGGUACUAUACCGGUAUACCGUACAACCCUACUUUGUUCAUAGUAAAAUGUUAUAAUACUGCUUCUUGGAUAUGUUCACAAUUAAAUAUAAUGUUAUCAUACUAUUUUCUCAUAAGUGUACGACUGUUUCUUUAACUAUUUUUACAAUUAAAUUAAAUCUAUCAAAAAAGAACACUCCAUUUGUUUUUGUUUUUGUUUUUUUGUUUUUUGUUUUUGUUUUUGUUAUUGUUUUUGUUUUUGUUUUUGUUUUUGUUUUUGUUUUUGUUUUUGUUUUUUUGUCCUGUCCAGCUUCUCAGGCAAAUCAUAUAGUUGAUGUAGAUGCCCAUAUCGGCUGUUCAGAUUUACUUUACAAAAGAGAAGUGUAGGAUACGUCUCUUGUUGCCUUAUUUGUAUUUGACUUCAUUAAAUGUAUUUAUAUUAUCAUUUGGUGCAGCCGGGUCGGAACAGGAGGGGAUAGAAAGAGAAAAAAAGGAAGACAGAGGGGGAAAUUGUGGGGACAAGAGGGUGAUUAGACGGAGAAACAAAAACAACAACAGCAAACACAACAAUAACAACAACAACAACAACAACAAUAGAGAAACAUCAGCAAACAUUAUAUGUACAAAUAUGAUGGUAAAAGUGAUGGCAAGGAAGCAGUUAUCGAAAUAAAUGAUAAUACAGAAAUGACAAUGAGCAUUAUUACACUACAAAUGGAGCAUUACAAAUACCAAUAGAAAUAGCGCUAUUGAUAAUAAACAAUACCAAUAAUUUACCUCUAUUAUCAACAAUACAGUUGUUCAAAUGCAACAAUACAUAUACGUAAUGAUAACUUGAGAUACGAAAGAAUGCAGAAAAAUGGAGGGGAAGAAAGAGAAGCAACCUAUAUUAACCUUGUAGAUUGUUAUAGUAACAAUAGGUUAAGCUUUGUCAGUGUGCCAUGUGUUACCCAGUUUCCCCUAGGGCAACAACGUUAAUAUAUGUUUGAUGAAACGUGAUAUUGUGCAUGAGUGUAUGUGUGUAUAUGUACUUGUAUAUGUACAGUAUGUGUAUAUGUAUGUUUGUUCAAUAAAUGUAUAUGUACAGUAUGUGUAUAUGUGUGUUUGUACAGUGAAUGUAUAUGUACAGUAUGUGUAUAUGUGUGUUUCUACAGUGAAUGUAUAUGUACAGUACGUGUAUAUGUAUGUUUGUACAGUGAAUGUAUAUGUACAGUAUGUGUAUAUGUAUGUUUCUACAGUGAAUGUAUAUGUACAGUAUGUGUAUAUGUAUGUUUGUACAGUGAAUGUAUAUGUACAGUAUGUGUAUAUGUAUGUUUCUACAGUGAAUGUAUAUGUACAGUAUGUGUAUAUGUAUGUUUCUACAGUGAAUGUAUAUGUACAGUAUGUGUAUAUGUAUGUUUCUACAGUGAAUGUAUAUGUACAGUAUGUGUAUAUGUAUGUUUGUACAGUGAAUGUAUAUGUAUGUUUGUACAGUGAAUGUAUAUGUACAGUAUGUGUAUAUGUAUGUUUGUACAGUGAAUGUAUAUGUACAGUAUGUGUAUAUGUAUGUUUGUACAGUGAAUGUAUAUGUACAUUAUGUGUAUAUGUAUGUUUGUACCGUGAAUGUGCGUGUGGAUGUACGAACUUUGAGUAUGUGGGUAUGUACUGUAUUUGUGUAUGUAUGUGGGAGCGUAGGUACCUAUGUAUGCAUGUAUGUAUGUAUGUAUGAAUAACGGUGGGUAUGUGAGUAUUUGUGUAUUUGUAUGUACAAUAUAUUUGACUCCCAGUGUUUGUGGGAGCCAGAGUACGGCCCCAGCCACCCAGAGAGCCCAACCCACAAACAGCAGGUGUGGCGCCCAGGAACCAGGGACCACCGGCCCCACGCAGCCAAGCCGGUCAGCGACAGGAACCCCAGAGAACACUCCAUUUGCUCCUGGGUGGAACUGGAGGAGCUGAUCGCAGCCGUUAGCCGCAGUGAGAGUCUAUCAGGGCCGCAGGAUAGCAUCUCCUCCGCCCUGCAGGGGGAGCUAGAGAGGAUCCUCCUGGAGGCGCAGCUGGAAUGUGAGAGGAAUCGAGACAGUCCCCCGCAGGUCGUGACCCCGCAGACGGCCGGUUCCCCCAGGCCCCCCAGUGACCCCGACAGUGACUGUAUCACCAUACAGGAGGAGGGUGACAGGAGAGAUACUGAUUGGGUGUGGGACUGGUCCAGCAGGCCGGAAAAUAUGCCACCAAAAGACUUCGUGUUUCAGCACCCGAAGCAGCCGAGCUCUCUCAGCGUCCGAAAGACAGAAGUGAUGAAGAGGGGGAUCUUUUCAUCGGACGUGCUCCUUAUCCUCGUUCCUUCGCUGCUGGCUUCCCAUCUCCUCACGCUCGGCAUCGGCAUCUACAUAGGAAAGCGUUUGGCUUCUUCCACAACUAGUACACUGUGACAUUAGCUCUACGCUAACCUCCCCCCCACCCGUGCCCCCUAAUCGCUAACGUGUUGGCCAGUAAGGUCAUGUCCUCUUCUUCAUCACAACCAUAGUACCUCGCCUGUUUGCUUUUGUGUGUGUGUGUGUGUGUGUGUGUGUGUGUGUGUGUGUGUGUGUGUGUGUGUGUGUGUGUGUGUGUGUGUGUGUGUGUGUGUGUGUGUGUGUGUGUUAGCAGCAGUUAGUUGUGCAUGUUGUACAGCCCUAAGGGGAGGGGAGGAGAGGUGGUGUAUGAAUGGACGCGAGCCAAUGAGUCAGACUGAGGUCACUUUUGCCUCUAAAGAAUAAUCACAGACAUUGUCCACAUGAUACAAUAAAAGGAGAAUUUCCUCAUCUAAAAUAGAAGAACAAAAUCAGUCUUUGUCUGAAGCAAAGAUAAAAUAUGUUAGCCCUUUGGACAACCUUGAAUAAAAAGCUGUCAUUUGUCACAAGUAAUGGCCAUUUGUAAAAAAAAAAAAAAAAAAAAUGUUUUUUUUUUCCUCUGCCAUAUAUUUAAAGUAGAGUUGUUUUUUUCUUUGUGAGAGUAGGAGUGCUUGUCCUUUUUGUGUCCCCUAAUCCCAUUAAAUAUUUAACCUCCCACUAAAACAAUUUCAAUCCCAUUAAACAUCACUCCUCCAAAACUAAAAGUGCUUGUUGGCUCUUUUAUUCUCCCCUCUCCACGUCCAUUUUUCUACAAAAAAGUACUGUAGCCCUAGGAAUGAUAGUCGUAUUGUAAAAACAAAUAAAAAUAAAAAAAUAAAAAAACAUGCUGGUAAAAAAUGAGAAACAUUAGAAAAAAAAGUUCUGUUAAAAUGGGUUUUGUUUUGAGAAAAAAAAAUGCAAUGUUAUGAGAAAAGUGUGUAUUGUCGUAAUAGCAAAGUGGGAAAAUUAGAAGAAACAUUUUAAAUCUAGUAAUGUAAAAAUCUUUUUUCUUUAAUUUUUUUUUUUCAAAGACAUCACACUAUACCAGGGGUGUCAAACUCAUUUUAGCUCAGGGGCCGCAUGGAGGAAAGUCUG